UCCCAGGAGCUGACGCACUAUGGCGCACGUCCGAGGCCUGGGGCUAUCUGGCUGCCUGGCCCUGGCUGCCCUGGUUGUCCUUGUGCACAGCCAGGAUGUGUUCCUGGCCCCUCAGCAAGCACUGUCGCUGCUCCAGCGGGUCCGGCGGGCCAACAGUGGCUUCCUGGAGGAGCUGCGCAAGGGCAACCUGGAGCGGGAGUGCGUGGAGGAGCGGUGCAGCUACGAGGAGGCCUUCGAGGCCCUGGAGUCCACCAGCGCCACGGAUGUGUUCUGGGCCAAGUACACAGCUUGUGAGCCAGUGAGGAAACCUAGAGCCAAUUUCAUGGAGUGUAUGGAAGGUAACUGUGCCAAGGAUCUGGGCAUGAACUACCGAGGACAUGUGAACGUCACCCGGUCAGGCAUUGAGUGUCAGCUGUGGAGGAGUCGCUACCCACAUAAACCUGACAUCAACUCCACCACCCAUCCUGGGGCUGAACUGCAGGAGAAUUUCUGCCGCAACCCAGACGGCAGCACCACAGGACCCUGGUGCUACACCACAGACCCCACGGUGCGGAGGGAAGAGUGCAGCGUCCCCGUCUGUGGUGAGGAGCGCUUCACUGUGGAGAUGACUCCCCGCUCUGGAGGCUCCAGGGGGAACCUGUCACCCUCAUCRGAGCAGUGUGUCCCUGAGCGAGGCCGGCAGUACGAAGGGAAACUGGCGGUGACAACGCACGGGUCUCCCUGCCUGUCCUGGUCCAGCCCGCAGGCCAAGGCCCUGAGCAAGGACCAGGAUUUUAGCCCAGAGGUGAAGCUGGUGGAAAACUUCUGCCGMAACCCAGAUGGGGAUGAGGAAGGUGCCUGGUGCUACGUGGCUGGGCAGGCUGGUGACUUUGARUACUGCGACCUCAACUACUGCGAGGAGGCCGUGGAAGAGGGGCCAGGGGAUGCACUGAGCGAGGAUGGGGACGGGACCAUAGGAGGACGCACCACCAAGGAGGAGUUCCAGACCUUCUUUGAUGAGAAGACCUUUGGCAGCGGGGAGGCAGACUGYGGGCUGCGGCCUCUGUUCGAGAAGAAGACAGUGAAGGACAAAACUGAAGAUGAGCUUUUGGAUUCUUACAUCGAUGGGCGCAUUGUAGAGGGCUGGGACGCUGAAGUUGGCAUCGCACCUUGGCAGGUGAUGCUCUUCCGGAAGAGUCCCCAGGAGCUGUUGUGUGGGGCCAGCCUCAUCAGUGACCGCUGGGUCCUCACAGCUGCUCACUGCCUUCUGUACCCACCCUGGGACAAGAAUUUCACUGAGAAUGACCUUCUGGUGCGCAUUGGCAAGCACUCCCGCACCAGGUACGAGCGGAACGUUGAAAAGAUAUCCAUGCUGGAGAAGAUCUACAUCCACCCCAGGUACAACUGGCGGGAGAACCUGGACCGGGACAUCGCCCUGCUGAAGCUCAAGAAGCCCAUCACCUUCAGCGAGCACAUUCACCCCGUGUGCUUGCCCGACAAGCAGACGGCAGCCAGCUUGCUCCAGGCUGGAUAUAAAGGGCGGGUCACAGGCUGGGGCAAUCUGAAGGAGACAUGGACGACCACCGUCAGUGAGGUGCAGCCCAGUGUCCUGCAGGUGGUCAAUCUGCCCAUCGUGGAGCGGCCCGUCUGCAAGGCCUCCACGCGGAUCCGCAUUACGGACAACAUGUUCUGUGCUGGUUAUAAACCAGAUGAAGGGAAGCGAGGAGAUGCUUGUGAAGGUGACAGUGGGGGACCCUUUGUCAUGAAGAGCCCCUUUAACAAUCGCUGGUAUCAAAUGGGCAUCGUCUCAUGGGGUGAAGGCUGUGACCGGAAUGGGAAAUAUGGCUUCUACACACACGUGUUCCGUCUGAAAAAGUGGAUACAGAAGGUCAUUGAUAGGUUUGGAUAAGGGGCCACUCACAUUCUGGGCUCCUCACUGCAAAGUGACAGAAACCAAUCCAGUGAAAGAAUUAUUUUUUUUCCCAAUAAAAGUGACUCUGUCAAUGAG